AUGAAGCCAGCAGAGAUCAGAUUCUCUCUACAGAGACCUCUACAGCACAGAGAUCCAGCCAUGGCACCUACAAUCACUGCAGCAAUGACCAAUUCUCAGGAGCAUCUGACUCUGACCCACAAGCUCAGAAAACCUCUGGUGGAAAAGUUACGCAGAGAGCGAAUCAACAGCAGCAUUGAGCAACUCAAGUCUCUCCUGGGUCCAGAGUUCCUCAAACAGCAGCCAGACUCCAAGCUGGAGAAAGCAGACAUCCUGGAGAUGACAGUUUGUGUCCUGAGACGACUGCAGCAGCAGCAUCAAGCUGUGGACUCAGCAGCUGUUGAUCAGGGCUACUCCAGGUGUGUCCAAGAGGUGACACACUUCCUGUCCAAGGAACAGGUGAAGACACAGUCCCAGAGAAGACUGCUGAACCACUUCAACAAGCUGCAGCCUUCCUCUGAUAAGAACCUGAGAGAGGCUGAUUUCUCUCUUCUGAGCUCCACAGUCCAGACCAGCAUCACCAAAGACAAGAGUCCAGUCCACAGCGCCCUCUGGAGGCCGUGGUAGACACCUACAUUCUGGAGUUACUACCAGACAAACUCAGAUGACCACAUUGGUCAAAAGUUAUUAUCAGACAUAUUAUUCUGAAAUGUUAUAGAAGUGUCUGUGCAAAGUGUUUUAAUUCAUCACAGGGUCAUAUUGGACUGAUAUUUCCAUUUACUUUUGGGAAUAUAUUUUUCUUAAAGAAAAUUAAAUCUUUUUUGUGAAAAUGUUGAGUAGCACAUAAUUGUACUCUAUGAAUAACAUAUAUUAUCUUAUUGAUUUAUCAAUAUAAUUCGAAAUUGGCCAAUAUUGGCCAGACUUAUCACACCUGCCUUUAAGUCGUGUAAGUCUUCUGUUUUAAGAUUGAUCUAGUGACUUGAAUUGGGAAAUCUCAGCUGCUUUCUGGUAGCACUUUUUCUUUAAUCGACUUUUUACUUUGUAAAAGAUUAUUGACCCAUGUUGGGUCUUGACGUCAUCUGUUCUAUCAUCAACAUGUUUUGUUGUGUCAACAGUACAAACAUAUAUCUGAAAGUUAUGUUCUCUUAUAGAGAGUUUGUUCACUUUGUUCAGGUUUUACUAAACUAUUCCCUGUCUUUUGUAAGGACACUGAAGCUGUUCACUUUACUCUUUUUGAGUACACUGUCUUAAACUACAAGUAUUUACUGUGAUGCAUCAUCACCACUAGUGCCUCUAUGAUGUGACCCAUUCAUUCAUUUUGAAUAAAAAAACAUCAACUGAA